AUGGAGGCAUCUGUCCCCGUGGGAGGCAUCACCGCGGUUCUCCUCUGCUGCUGCCUCCUGAGCUCCACGUGGGCUCUGGUCGACCCCGAUGAUGUUCUCACAAAAGAAGAGCAGAUCUAUCUCCUGGUGGAAGCUAAGGAGAAAUGCCAGAGAGACAUAAAAGCCCAACUGGAGAAGAUCAAAGACACCAGCUGCCUUCCAGAGUGGGACGGGAUCAUCUGCUGGCCAAAGGGCUCCCCCAGCCAGGAGGUGUCGGUGCCCUGCCCCGACUACAUCUACGACUUCAACCACAAAGGUCACGCCUACAGGUACUGCAGCGCCUACGGGACCUGGGCCAUGGCUCUCAGCAUCAACAAGACCUGGGCCAAUUACACCGAAUGCGCUCUGCUCUUCUCCUCCGAGAGCCGGAGCCACGAGAAGGAGGUGUUUGACCGCCUGCACCUGAUGUACACCAUCGGCUACUCCAUCUCCCUGGCCUCCCUCGUCGUCGCCGUCUGCAUCCUCUCGUACUUCAAGCGCCUGCACUGCACACGCAACUACAUCCACGUCCACCUCUUCACCUCCUUCAUCUGCCGGGCGGUCAGCAUCUUCGUGAAGGACAUGGUGCUCUACUCGGGGACACUGGCCAGUGAGACGGAGAAGAUGCGAGAGGACGACUUCAAGGCAGAAAUGGGUCCCUCGCUGGGACAACGGAGCCACCUGGUUGGCUGCAAGGUGGUGGUGACUCUUUUCCUCUAUUUUCUGGCCACCAACCACUACUGGAUCCUGGUGGAAGGUCUCUACCUGCACAGCCUGAUCUUCAUGGCCUUCCUCUCCAACAAGAACUACCUGUGGGUCCUCAUCAUCAUCGGCUGGGGUCUCCCCGCUGUGUUUGUGUCCGUCUGGGCCAGCGUCAGGGCCUCCCUGGCGGAUACGCAGUGCUGGGAUCUCAGCGCGGGGAACAUGAAGUGGAUUUAUCAGGUCCCCAUCUUGGCCGCCAUCGUGGUGAACUUCUUCCUCUUCCUCAACAUCGUCCGGGUGCUGGCCUCCAAGCUCUGGGAGACGAACACGGGGAAGCUGGACCCCCGGCAGCAGUACAGGCAACUGCUGAAGUCCACGCUGGUGCUGAUGCCGCUCUUCGGAGUCCAUUACGUGGUGUUCAUGGCCAUGCCCUACACCGAAGUCUCGGGGGUCCUGUGGCAGAUCCAGAUGCAUUACGAGAUGCUCUUUAACUCCUCUCAGGGUUUCUUUGUGGCUUUUAUCUACUGCUUUUGCAAUGGGGAGGUGCAGGCGGAGAUUAAGAAAGCCCAUUUUCGGAGAAGCCUGGCACUGGACUUCAAGCAGAAGGCACGAGCCACCGGCACGGCGGGGAGCUGCUGCUACGGCGGGCCGGCCUCCCACGCCACCACCAGCUUCAGCAUGAGCCUGGCCGGGCGCGGGGCAGGCAGCACACAGCAGCGGGGGCUGCUGCUCCCCGCCCGGGCCAGCCUGCCCGGCUACAUCCCCAGCUCCUUCGCCUCCGAUCACUUUUUGUCCUGUCCGAGCCAGGAGAUGAGCCAGAAAGUCUGUGGGGAAAACACGGUGGACUUAACAGACCUGAAUCAGCGUCACCCCAACCUAAACAAAGAGCUGGAGACGAUGCUAUGAAGUGAAUGGUGUCUCCCAUCUGGACAUCCAGCUGUGCCUGGAAUGAUGCAGAUCCGCUUUGGGCUCCUUUUACGCUUGCACGGAGCGCCGGGUUAGGGGACAGCAGCUGGAACACCACAGUUCCCUCUCCCUCACAGCCAGGCUGCAAAGGGACCACGUGCUCUCGCUCCUUCUUGUACCCACCUGGCCUAAAAAUGAGCGGCCAGUUCGAAACCUCAUCUCCUUCCACGCGCAAGCGAUUGAUGUAAGUGACGUCUGUGCAUGCAAAGCUUGACUCACCACCAGGAAACAAUCCUCCAGGCUCAGUCUUACCUUGGCAGUCUGGAAAGGGACUCCAGCUCCAGCCUGUAUAAAGCCGAUUCCAUCAGCCCAUCCUGCUCCCCCGUUUAGCACCAGUUCCUGCGUCGUACAGCCCGGGGCUGGCAGUGGAGAGUGCCCACAGGGCGAUUCUGCUGCUCACCCUGCCCUUACUUCCAUCCUGCUGCAGCUGACAGAUACCGUGAAGCCCCACAACGCUGAGCCACAAACCGGGAGCACGAGUCACCGGGAUGCAGUGGGCUCAGGGAGGGAGGCUGAGCUCUACGGGCUGGGAAGGACGCGGCAAAACUCCUGGGUCCCCCAGGCUUUACGUCGCGGCUGUCUGUAAAUGAACAGGCCACUGCAUGCAAGAGCCUGGGCCCUGUGAUCUUUUCGCAGGCUAAAAAGUGAAUAAAAAGACAGUCUGUAAGGUUUGCUUCUGUCCUCAAACUCCAUUAUGGACUCACACCCAGCGACCGGUUGCUGUGGGGCAGCAGAGGGUGCAAAGGGCUGGAAACGCAGCUGGGUUCACAGCCCCGAGGGUCUGCUCCCACUGCUCGUGCUGGGGGACACGGCAGCCCUGACUUCCCCCUGCCUACACGUGCGCUGCCUGGGAAAGCAUCCCAUCAUCACCCUGAUGGGAAAAGACAUUCCCAAGGAGCUUGUGGUGCCCAGCCCAGACAAUUCAGCCAGAUCACAGGGGAGGGGAGAACUGCCGCGUUGUUGGGAGGGGGGGCACAUACGCCAGUUAGAAUUAAAACAGCUUGUUGGUAGUAGCAUGGAGAAUUUUUUUUCCUACCUGCUCUAAUGAUGCACAGUCCCUCAAGGCAGUCAUUUUAUUAUAAAGAGCGACAGCAAACAUAUAACUAAUCUUGUGCGUUCCCAGAUCUUCCAGUGAAAAGCUAAGACACAAAGUGAGUCUCCAGGAUCAGAAAGCAGCGGAGGGACAGCCAGCCAGGAGGCGCGUCAGGGAAGGGACGGGCUCCAGGCUUCAUAUUCUUUAAAUGGUCUAGACGAUGGUGCAGAGUCAGGUGCACCUGCACCACCUCCCACCUGCGGCAGCGAGCACUGCGCGACGUGGAAGAGGCGCAGCUGGGCGCUGGCAGCGUUUCCCCCACCCUGGGGGAUGAGAGGCAGAGGAGGCGACUGAUGCGCAGGAGCAGAAUCCCAGGGUUGCACUUUACAAACCAACCCGAGCUUCCCGUAAUCGAUUUGCUCAGCUGCGAGCUGUGCUCUGCUCUCUUCGGAAGCAAGCAGCGCAGCCUGCACCGCGAGGAGAGAGGUUCUCGUUCGGGGGAGCUGGGGGCCUGCUCACACUGCUACCUUGUUCUGCGGAGAAGGCAUCGACCCUCUUAUGUAUCUAACACGGACCCGUGAACUGACAUUUAUAGCUCUCUGUUAGUGAUCAAUAUUUACUCGCUCAAGUCUCAAGAGGCUCCCGGUAGCUGAGGGAGGGGUGAGGAAUUUCGAUAAUCCCAUCGAACAGCAGAGGGAUGCGUUAAAAAGAAGGGGAGAAACCCCAAGCAUAAGCCACACACGGGGCCAGGUCCCAGGGGCUGCGAGCGGAGAUCCAGGAAGGGAGGGAACAGAUGGUGCGUUCAGACUGUGGAGCUAUUUUUUAGAUUGUUUUGAAACUUAAAUCUUUAAUUGUGCAGAGUGAUUAACCUGAAGUGGGAUAAGCAAAGGGGAAUGCAACAGCUUCUAAACCCCUGCCACAUCGGCCCUGAAACAUACUUGUCUUAACACUAAACAGGCAGAACUCAAACCAGUGCCGUGAGGUUUCUGCCUCGACCGUGAUGAAAGAAUUCAAGUGAGAGUUAAUUUUUUAAAAAAACCCCCAACAGAUUAGAGCUAGUUAGUGAGGGGGCCCAAAUAACCAAGUUGGGGUCUUAACUGAAACCAGUACAGACGCGACUCAGAUCACAAGACCGUUAUUGAGUUCUCUGUCCAGGCCAACCACGAAAGCCUGGGAUGAGCAACGCGUCCCGGGCUGUAUCCUCCCCACUCGUAAAAUGGAGAAAAAUCUAUUCCCCGGGAGGCUUUGAAGCUAAAAUGGGGUUUGUAAAACAGUUUGGGGUGAAAGAUACUG